AACAAAUCCGAUCACGUUGCCCUGCGGCUUGGCCUAGACUAGACCCCACGACUCCCAUCUCGACCACUCCCGUGGACUCCCUCGCGCCCUCCCUCCUCCUGUCGUGUCCUUCCACACCCCACACCCCACCCCCCCGCGGUGGUCGCCGGAAGCAGCGCCCCACAGUCGGACGAUCGUCAGAUCCGCCGCCGCCGACGCCAAGAUGAACGACACCGAUGUCUCCAAGCAGAUCCAGCAGAUGGUGCGGUUCAUCCGCCAGGAGGCCGAGGAGAAGGCUGGCGAGAUCUCCGUAUCCGCCGAGGAGGAAUUCAACAUUGAGAAGCUGCAACUUGUUGAAGCUGAGAAAAAGAAGAUCAGGCAAGAAUAUGAGCGGAAAGAGAAGCAGGUUGAUGUUCGGAAGAAAAUUGAGUACUCUAUGCAGCUGAAUGCUUCUCGCAUCAAAGUGCUUCAGGCCCAGGAUGACCUGGUUAAUAAAAUGAAAGAGGAUGCAAUGAAGGAACUCCUGAAUAUCAGCAGCAACCACCAUGAAUACAGGAAUCUGUUAAAAGAACUUGUUGUUCAGGGCCUGCUUCGGUUGAAAGAGCCAGCUGUACUGCUCCGCUGCCGCAAAGAAGAUCACCAUAAUGUGGAAUCUGUAAUGCAUUCAGCAAAGAAUGAGUAUGCAUCAAAAGCAGAUGUCCAUGAGCCAGAGAUACUAGUUGACCACACUGUCUACCUGCCACCUUCUCCGAGCCAUGGUGAUGAGCACGGCCAGAUUUGCCAUGGAGGUGUUGUGCUGGCUUCUCGGGAUGGAAAGAUUGUGUUUGAGAAUACAGUUGAUGCAAGGCUUGAAGUUGUUUUCCGCAAGAAAUUGCCAGAGAUCCGGAAGCUUCUUGUUGCGGCAUAAUGCGAACUUGUAUUGUGAUGGUACAGCUGUUUCUAAAAUGGCUGCUGGUUUGACCCCCAGCAGGUGCAAGGAACUCCGCCCGGUUUUGCGAACAUUGAUUGUUUAAAGUAUUCCAUCCUCAUAUGUAAACACUACCUAUUUGUUCAUUAUUGUCGCCGAGCACAAACUAUUUGCAUGAACUUUGCUCUGAGGAAUAAUAAUAAAUAAAACACCGUCGGAUUGUGUUUAUGAACUA